CCCUUUGCUGCUUUCUUCUGUGGGUGUUUGCAGCAGCACAGUGUAGUUAUGUAAAACCUCCAUGUGUAUGUGGGGUCAAAGCAUGGCAUGUAAUCGGGUUCUCUGCAGCCCAGGUCUGUGCCAGACUGGGAUGUGAUGGGUUUUGUUCUCUGCUAAUCUCUCCUGAGCAGUGGACAGUGAAGUCCCAAUUGCAAAUUGUGACUGGGAUUAGUGAGCAUCUGUUCAAAGAGAAAGGGUGUUUUUGAAAAGUGGAGAACUUUCCUGAUUUAGUGAAAACUAAUAGUGCAGGUCCUUGCAUUAGCAGCAGGACCCACCGUGGCUUUCCUGACCACACGGCUGACUGCUGAAUCACUGUCAGGGUCAGGCUUGUAAAGCCCUCUGGAAUACCUGAUUUUAUGAUGAACGUAGUAAGUUCAGUUCUGUAAGUGUGUGAAUGAACUACAAGGAAAUCUAUAUGUAAAGAUUGAAAGAGUAAGGGUUACCUUGUAAAAUUGUCAUAAAGUACUUUGAUGAUUACUGAAUGUAUGUAAGAUAAAACACAAUACCCAGGUGAAUAUUUUUUUCUCUCGUGUUUGAACUCUAAAGAGUCUUCAUUUUUACAAUGUAAUUCUUAAAUGCUUUCUAUUAGGUGUUCUCUGGUGUGGUCAGCUUGUCCUGGAUAUCUCACUUAAAAUUUGCUUCAUCUGCUCUCCCUGUAUUCCUGUUUUAUUGUUUUCUUCUGAAGCUUUUUGCAGUGCUUUUCUGUCUUCUGCCUCAGAUACUUUUAAACUUAAUUCCAUCGCCAUGUUUCUUGAUCUCUAACUCUUAACCAAAUGUUACACAAUUAAGCUUACUUCAAGUGACUGCAAUGUAUGUGGAUUUUAAAAGCAUAGCUGAAAUAUAAGUUUAGAUACACUGAUAAUGGGAUACGUAGCAAGAUGGAUAAAGCAGUUGCUUUUCAAAGAUGGAGUUGUGUGGGUUUUGUGUACUUUAUAUAUCUCGCAUAAAAUCCAUUCUUGUUCUACAUAAAUGCGUAUUUUUUUUAACAUGCUGCUACUGAGAAAGAAAAUGCAAGUGUUUUUCAACUUAAAGUAGAAAAAACUUUGCGCUGUUGAAAUAGGGCCCUGGAUUGGGAAGGCAGCUGGGACAGAGACAUGCUCAUAACCUUGACCUUUUUUCUUCUGUUUCCAGUACAAGAGAAACUGCCUUCUGCAGAACUGGUCUCUUCAAGGAAUAAUCCUUGCUUUAAUUUUGUGCUUUCCAUUCCUCUCUAAGUGUACCUGUUCUCUUAGAAACUGAUUUGGAGCUAUGCAAUUUGUGCCUGUUUCUUUUUCAAGUGAUUGUGUUUCAUGUGCAUCUGAGCGGCAGUGCUGGAGAAGCAAAACUGCUCUGCAGAGAUUUGAAAGGGCUUUACCUCAUCGGGGACCCAAGAACAACAUAUUCCGGGUGGAAUUUUUUCAUGUGUGCUGAAUUGCUUUACAUUUUGUGUACUUAAGCCAAGGCUGAAAGAGUAUGGGGAGAAGCAUUACAGUUUAUUUCUGCUCUGCACUUAAAAAAAAAAAAGUCUUGUGAAGUAUAUCCAUUACACCAUAAAAUACACUGUGGAUAUUGAUAAUACAGUUUAGUUAAAACUGCCCAAAUAUUUAGUAUUUUUAGUGGGAUCCAAGGGCAGAUACCUCUCUCAUGACUAUUGUUUCAGGAUCUUUAACUACCACAUGUGGUCAUGGUUAUCAGAGUGUUGGGCCUGAAGGAAGGCAGCAGUAUGCUGGUAAGAGACAGACACCGGUGUCCUGCAGGGCUGGCUGGGGGCGUCGUGCCAUCUCCUGACUCACCUAGUAUCUCUUUCUGCAGGAGCAGGGUUUUCCUUAGCUCUCCCAUCCCAGUACAAAGCCUGAUGCUUGUGGUCUGAGAGUACAGGCUGAUGUCACAGCUGCAAUGUAACACGAAAGAAUCACUUUCUAAGUGCUAUUAUCGGUAUAACUGCAAUUUGAGCAAGAGGUCUUGUUUACUUCCUGCAAAAUUUAAAACUUAUUUUCCUUGUUCACAUCUGUCUUCACAUCAGUAAUUUGAAUUUUACUGCAUAAAGAUUAAAUAUUAUGUUUGGUCUUAUUUACCAGAUCUUAACAGCGGAAACUUUUUGCCCAAACUUCAGUUACUUUUAACUUCCUCUCGUCCUGUUCUGUGGUGGUAUAGGUUUCGUUUUCAAAUAUGUAUUAUAUGCCAAAGUCAUCUUGGAUUCUAUGAGCUUAAUUUUUUUGUGGUCUUCUCAUAGACACAGUACAGUAAUAUAGGCUAUAAACAAAACCAUUAACCAGAGAUCAAGGCUUAUGUGCUAGUAAACUUUAGAUGCUUUCAGACAUCCCAAACUUCUGAAAUUCACUUGUCUUCAGUAUGAAAGUAGCUUUUUGUAGAAGAGGAGUAGUAUGUAUAGGAAACACUGCUGUAUUUUUAUCUGAAAUAAUAUACGUAGGUUCUGGGUACCUCUUGAACCUGUUAAGUUAUGUAAUAAAAGCCUUGUAAGAUUGAGAUCUUUAAUGUUUUUUAGAUCAACAUGAUGCAUAAGUUUAAAACUGCAUCUGUUUAAAGGGAUUUAUGACUAAACCUGCUUGUUUUUCUACAGAAUUGUCUGGUGUUUCUCAGCUUGAAGAAGAUCUGCAGUCAUUAUUGAUCCUCUUUCUUGGCGUUACCAUUUUUGAAGUGAAGUUUGCCUAGCUUUCUAGUGUGAGCUCUCUUUUCAGCCAUCUUUAAAAAAAAAAAGGAAAUUUUUUGAUCCAUAAAGUAGACGAGCUAUAGUUCUACAAUGUCCAAGUCAUUCCAGCAGUCAUCUCUGAGUAGGGAUUCACAAGGUCAUGGGCGUGACCUCUCUGCAGGAAUAGGCCUUCUUGCUGCUGCUACCCAGUCUUUAAAUAUGCCAGCAUCUCUUGGAAGGAUGAACCAGGGUACUGCACGCCUUGCUAGCUUAAUGAAUCUUGGAAUGAGUUCUUCAUUGAACCAACAAGGAUCUCAUAGUGCACUGUCUUCUGGUAGUACCUCUUCCCAUAAUUUGCAGUCUAUAUUUAACAUUGGAAGUAGAGGUCCGCUCCCUUUGUCUUCUCAGCACCGUGGAGAUGCAGACCAGGCCACUAACAUUUUGGCCAGCUUUGGUCUGUCUGCUAGAGACUUAGAUGAACUGAGUCGCUAUCCCGAGGACAAGAUCACUCCUGAAAACUUGCCUCAGAUCCUUCUACAACUUAAAAGGAGGAGAGCUGAAGAAGGUUAUGGUAGAGAUGGCAGAUCAUCCACACGGGAACCACCAUACAGAGUACCUAGGGAUGAUUGGGAAGAAAAAAGGCAUUUUAGAAGAGAUAGCUUUGAUGAUCGUGGUCCUAGUCUCAACCCAGUGGUUGACUAUGACCAUGGAAGUCGUUCUCAAGAAUCUGGUUAUUAUGACAGAAUGGAUUAUGAAGAUGACAGAUUAAGAGAUGGAGAAAGGUGUAGGGAUGAAUCUUUUUAUGGUGAGACUUCGCAUAACUAUCAUAAAUUUGACAGUGAGUAUGACAGAAUGGGUCGUGGUCCUGGUCCUGAGAGAUCUCUCUUUGAGAAAAAGAGAGGUGCUCCUCCAAAUAGCAAUAUUGAAGACUUCCAUGGAUUCUUACCGAAGGGUUAUCCCCAUCUGUGCUCUAUAUGUGAUAUGCCAGUUCAUUCUAAUAAGGAGUGGAACCAUCAUAUCAAUGGAGCGACUCACAGCCGACGUUGUCAGCUGCUGCUUGAAAUAUAUCCAGAAUGGAAUCCUGAUAGCGAUUCAGGACAUGGAAUGGGUGAUCCCUUUAUGUUGCAGCAGUCCACAAAUCCUGCACCAGGAAUUCUGGGACCACCGCCACCUCCAUUCCACCUUGGAGGACCUCCUGUUGGGCCAAGAGGAGCUGGAAAUGGAAAUAUGCAGGGACCGAGACACAUGCAAAAGGGCAGAGUGGAGACAAGCAGGGUUGUUCACAUCAUGGAUUUCCAGAGGGGAAAGAACUUGAGAUACCAGCUGCUUCAGCUUGUUGAACCGUUUGGAAUAAUUACAAAUCACCUGAUUCUAAACAAAAUCAAUGAGGCAUUUAUUGAAAUGUCGACCACUGAAGAUGCCCAGGCUGCAGUAGAAUACUAUUCAACAACACCUGCGCUGGUGUUUGGUAAACCAGUCAGAGUCCACUUGUCACAGAAAUACAAAAGAAUAAAGAAACCCGAGGGUAAACCGGACCAAAAAACUGAGCCGCCAAAACCAGAGCUCGGUCGUGUGAUUCACCUCAGCAAUUUACCUCACUCGGGAUACUCUGACAACGCAGUACUCAAACUGGCUGAACCAUAUGGAAAAAUUAAGAACUACAUACUCAUGAGAAUGAAAAGCCAGGCAUUCAUUGAGAUGGAGACCAGAGAAGAUGCUUUAGCUAUGGUUGAGCAUUGUGCCAACAAAGCGCUUUGGUUCCAAGGCAGAUGUGUGAAAGUGGAUUUAUCUGAAAAAUACAAGAAACUGGUGUUAAGGAUUCCAAACAAAGGAGUUGAACUGCUGAAAAAGGAUAAAACUAGAAAGAGAACAUAUUCUCCAGACAGCAAAGAUUCUCCAAGUGAUAAGAAGUCUAAAACAGAUGCUACUCAGAAACCUGAAAGUGGCAGUGUAGAAGAUAAGGUGAAAGAGGAGAAACAAGAUGAUGCUGCUGAGCCAUCGGGCACUAAAAGUAGUGAACAGGCAGACCAAGAUGAGCCGAGUUUACUCCUUGAAUCUGAAGAUGAGCUGCUAGUGGAUGAGGAGGAAGCAGCAGCACUGUUAGAAAGUGGCAGCUCAGCAGGAGAUGAUGCAGAUGUUGCCAAUUUAGCUGAUGUAACUACUGAAGAAAAAAAGGACACAGCUGAUGAUGUGACCGUAAAAACUGAGGGGAAUGUUGUGGCCAAUCCAGCAACAAAGAAAAAGCUUAAAAAGCGAUACGUGGGUGGCUUUCCACGGAGCAUGGAAGGUUUUGUCACUCUAGAUGAGGUUGGUGAUGAAGAAGACUCGGAUCAUCAAAAACUCCGCAAGUCAGGUUUGGCAGUAAAAUCUGCUGGCAAAAAUGACGAUAGUUUGGCAGAAAUCAAGGUAGACAAGAUUGAGGAGCCAGAGCAGGAAAAUGAAACGAUAGAAAAUGGAACCAAAACCGAAGAUAAUUCGAAAGCUGAAACUGUUGAGGCUUCUGAUCCAGCAACAGCACAGGAUACUGAGAAGAAUGCCCAUGAAAAUACAGACACCCAGGAUGAACAGGAAACAAAGAAUGUCCAAGAGAAAUCUCUUGUUCCAGAUGAAUUUAGGAUUGGGCCAUACCAGCCAAAUGUUCCUGUUGGUGUGAAUUAUGUGGUACCCAAAACAGGGUUUUAUUGCAAAUUGUGUUCCCUGUUCUACACAAAUGAAGAUGUUGCAAAAAAGACCCAUUGCAGCAGCCUUCCUCAUUAUCAAAAGUUGAAGAAAAUUCUGGAUAAAAUGGCAGAAGACCACAGGCAAAAGAAAGAAGCUUAAAAGGAAGGAAGGAUGUAAGGAAACCAGUGGCUUUGUUUUUAAUGUUAAUCUUUUUUAAAAGCAGUACAAGUAGUAGAUGGAAAUACUGUAUUCUUUUUUGGUUUAGUGAAAUACAGUAGGCAUUAUAGGUCUGUUCAUGUGUUAAAUGUUGUAGCAAAAAUACGCAGUUAAGUUAAUGACAAAAAUUUGUUCUUAAUGUGAGAAUAGCAACAAGUUUUCAUUUUGACACUUCAAGCUAUUAAAGAAAAGUAUCUUGCACCCUUGUGGAAAGCUCAUCUAUGGGAAGAAAGCCUCAUUUAAGUGAAAUUUACUACUUUCAAGCUUCAGAAAUUCUUUCAGUUCCAUUCUCAAUAAAAAAUAAAAAGUAACACUGUUUUUUUUAUUUUAUCUAGAACAUUCCAUAUUUCAGUCUGAGCCUAGCAGGUAUUAAUUUUGAGUGUAAGGCUGUCAUUGCAUUUCAUUUUUGAAAAGUCUUUAAAUGUAAGUUGCUUUUUUAAAUGUUGAAUUGCAGUUUCUUUUAAUGUCAUUGCUGUUACAUAGCAAAUAGAAAAAUCAGUGAUUAGUCAGCUUUACAACUUCGUGAUUUUUUUUUUUCUAAGCUCUUGAUAGACUUUCCUAUUCAGCUAUUCCGUGUAUUUUUAGUGAAAAGUAAAUGCCCAUACUUCUCUGACCAGUAUUAUUUCUUGAGCUCUUCCUGCUUUUACUUGAAUCUUGUAGCUGUCGUACAUCUCUAGUAUAUUCGGAAGAAGCAUUUGAGUCCUGAAAUGUAAAAAAGGUACCUUUAUAUUCUUCACAUGUAAUUUUUUCAUACCUGCUUUUUAAAACAGUUUUUGUUAAAAUCUGGUUUCAUCAAGAAUCUUUAGAACUGUGCUCUUAAUGUACCUGCACAUGUGAUAUGUGAACAGGAAUUUGCAUGUGUAACCUGUGUUUAUCUGUAGUUUUUGUUAUUUACUGCUUAUUUGUGAAUUCAGGUUACUAAAGUGAUUUACCAAUAAACAAGGCUAGGCAACAGUAAUCUGUUAUAGAUGUUUGGCAUGUUAACCAAUGUGUCUACUGCACUCUUUACUCCUGUGUUCAUGAUACCACACUGAAAUGCUAGCUCUCUUUUUAAAAUUUGCAUGUCUUAACACCUGUGAUUUAGCAGCUUACUGCAUAACUUUUCUUUCUCUUUCCUUUGUUUCCAAACAAAUUAAAAUAUCACUUGUUAAAACA